ACCUAAUAAUGAGAUAAUUUAAACAAUUUUUCAUCAAAUUUAAAUAAUCACCAGCAAAAAAGCUUGAAACCAGAAUCAAUGGCGGCAGCUUCAAACUCAACGAUUGAUCCAAACAGCGGCUUCUCUCCCCAAACCAAAAUCUUCCACAGCCUCCGCCCCUCCAUCUCCAUCCCCCCUUCCCCUCUCCCGCGCUACAUCUUCUCCCUCCUCUCCUCCUCCCCCUCCCCCGCCGCCGCCCUCAUCGACGCCGCCACCUCCCGCCGCAUCCCCCUUUCGCACCUCCCCCUCCUCGUCGAAUCCCUAGCCUCCAAUCUCCGUCUCAAAUUCAACAUCCGCAAAAACGACGUCGCAUUCAUCCUCUCCACCAACUCAAUCCACAUUCCCCUCCUCCACCUCUCCCUCCUCUCCCUCGGCGCCAUCGUCUCCCCUUCCAACCCCCUCUCCUCCGACUCCGACAUCUCCCACCAGAUCCGCCUCACCAGACCGUCAAUCGCCUUCGCCACCUCCGCCUCCGCCGCUAGGGUUCCGCCGCUGCGCGAGGGGACGGUGCUGCUCGACUCUCCGGAGUUCGAAGCCCUAUUUCUCCCCUCCGCCGCGAAAUUCGACCCGCCGGAGGUGUUCCCCGACGACACGGCGGCGAUUCUCUACUCCUCCGGCACCACGGGGAGGGUGAAGGGGGUCGAAUUGACGCAUCGCAACCUGAUCGCCGUGAUCGCCGGCGCGCGCGCGAUUCGCGCGCCUAGGGCUUCGCCUCCGGUCACGCUGUGCGUGGUGCCGUUCUUCCACGUGUACGGAUUCACGAUGUGCCUCAGGGAGGUGGCGCUGGGCGGGAGCCUCGUGGUGGCGGCGGCGGAGAGCCGGCGAGGGAGGAGAUUGGAUCUGGAGACGGUUUUUGGAGCGGUGGAGGAGUUCGGCGUGACGCAUCUGGCGGUGGCGCCGCCGGUGGUGGUGGCGAUGGUGAAGAGUGCGGUGGUGGAGAAGUACGAAUUGAGGUCGUUAGAGGUGGUGAUGAGCGGCGGAGCUCCGGUGGCGAGUGCAGUUAUUGAGAGGUUUAAGGCCAAGUUUUCCAAUAUAUCACUCAUUCAGGCCUAUGGGCUUACAGAAACAAGUGCAGGAGUCGCUCGACCAUCAGGAGGCUUUGAAAGUGAAGUGAAAGGUUCCAACGGCCGUCUCGUCUCUAACUGCCAGGCCAGAAUAAUUGAUCCUCUCACCGGCGACAGUUUGCCGCCUCUUAGGUCAGGGGAGCUCUGGAUAAGAGGCCCCAUAGUCAUGAAAGGGUAUGUGGGCGAUAAAGAAGCAACUGCGGCAACGGUUGAUUCAGAUGGAUGGCUGAGAACUGGUGAUAUUUGCUUUUUCGACGAAAAUGGACUCCUGUUCUAUGUUGAGAGAUUGAAGGAUUUGAUUAAAUACAAUGGCUACCAGGUUGCUCCAGCAGAACUGGAAGAUCUGCUGCUUUCACAUCCAGCCAUUGUUGAUGCAGCUGUGAUCCCGUAUCCUGAUGAGGAUGCAGGCCAAAUACCUGCAGCCUUCGUGGUUAGAGAGCCGGGAAGCACGAUAAAUGAGUCGUUGAUCAUGGAUUUUGUAGCACAAAAGGUGGCGCCGUAUAAAAAAAUUAGACGCGUCUUCUUCACAGAUACUAUACCAAAGAACGCCGCAGGAAAAAUCUUGAGAAAGGAAUUAGUGAAGCUAGCAACACAUGUAGCUUCAAAGUUGUAAUAUUGGAGACCAUUGUCUCGGUUGAAAUGCAUUCUAUUAUUGUAACAUUCACAACGAUGCAAUACAUUGAGUUCAUAAUCUAUGCACAGAGAGCAUUUGAUGUUUAAA